AUGUGUUAUCGGUCAUUAAUUCCAGUGUUCCUGUCAAUCAGCGCUGCCCUUGCAGCGCCGCAAGACUUCCAAGGCAGCGCAAGUGUAGCGCCCUUACCUAAUACAACUAAUGUUACAGACUCGAAUAAUACAUUAGUUGAGGAGAAAGAAAUUCCCCCGCUUGAAAACCCCGUUAGCCGAGAUGUAACACAAGUCAACCUGACCGAUAGCGUUGAAUUUACAACAGAAUUUGACCAGUUAGAAACAACUACAGAUUUAAUUGAACUUACGCCACAACAAACAUCCACAGUUGUACCCAUAACAACAACAGUAAAAACAAUUCCACGAAAACCAUCUUUUAUCAAACCAAAACCCAAAUUCGUAUCAAAAUUAAGCUAUUUUAACAAAGCCAGCGUGUUUGACGGAAUUGCGACGACGAAUUUGGUAGAAAGGACGGGAAAAAGAAAGUUUAAAAGUCAUUGUCGAUGCGAGAAAAUUUGGAACUGCCCAAAACUGCAAAUCACGGUCCCUCGGUGUCCAAAUGAAUAUUUUCUGUGUUGCUUUUAG